AUGGACACAACUGCGUACACGGUCGUCGCGCCGACCGAGGACUCUGGCGUUGAGCUCACUCCGUCCGAGCUUCGCGGCAUCCUCCAGAAAGCUGAUGACGAGGUCAAGUUGCAGACGCUUCGUAGGAUCAUCGUCUCGAGCCUCAACGGACAAACACAACCAACAUUGCUGAUGCCAAUCAUUCAAUACGUACUCCCAUCGAAGAGUAAGCAGAUCAAGAAGAUGCUGCACUUCUACUGGGAGGUGUGUCCCAAAUACGACGAGAAGGGGGAACUCAAGCAAGAGAUGAUCCUCGUUGUCAAUGCCAUCAGGAACGAUCUCCAGCAUCCCAACGAGUACAUUCGCGGCUCUACGCUACGCUUCCUGCAGAAGAUCAAGGAACCAGAGCUCCUCGAGCCCCUCGUCCCGUCGAUCCGUCUAUGUCUUGAGCAUCGUCACUCUUAUGUGCGCAAGAAUGCCGUAUUCUGUAUCUACUCGAUCUACCAGCGUCAUGAGGCCAUGAUCUCGGAUGCUCCAGAGGUAAUGCUCACCUUCCUGGCAGCCGAAGCUGAUUCGACCUGCAGAAGGAAUGCCUUCAUCCUUCUCUCUCACACAGCACCUACCAAGGCAAUCGAGUACUUGAUGGGCGUCUUCGAGACCAUCGCCAGCAUGGACGAGCUGAUGCAAUUGGCGGUCAUUGAGCUGAUCCGGAAAGAGUGCAAGGGAGAAAGUCGUCACAAAACCAAGUACAUUCGAGCCAUUUCGGAAUUGCUCUCGGCUCCUUCCCAUGCUGUCAAGUACGAAGCAGCCAUCACUUUGACCACCCUGACACAGAAUUCGGCUGCCAUCAAAGCCACCGCUAGCGCUCUCAUCGAGCUGGCAGUCAAGGAGUCCGACAACAACGUGAAGCUCAUCGUCCUCUCUCGUCUUGACGUACUGCGUACAAAGCACGAGCACGUUAUUGACACCCUUGUCAUGGAUCUGCUGCGAGUACUCACAGCUCCAGACAUGGAGGUGCGGCGGAAAGGCCUAGGCAUUGCCCUCCAAAUGGUUUCAAGUCGUAAUGUCGAGGAGGUGGUCCUCCUGUUGCGAAAGGAGCUGAUGAAGACAGUCGAGAAUGCCAACGGUGCAGGAAAUACCACACAGGAGCGCAACAUCGAAUACCGGCAACUGCUCAUUCAGUCCAUCCACCAAUGCGCCAUUCGCUUCUCAGAAGUGGCAUCGAAGGUGGUACACACUCUGAUGGAAUUCCUCGGGGACUCCUCGAAUCCAUCCGCCAUCGACGUCAUCGUCUUCGUGCGAGAAGUCGUUGAGAAGUUCCCUGACCUGCGCUCGACAAUCAUUCAGAAGCUCCUUCAGACAUACCCACAGAUCAAGAGCGGCAAGGUCUUCCGCGGAGCUUUGUGGAUCGUCGGAGAGUACUGCGAAGGAAAGGAUGAGAUUGAAGAUGCGCUGAGUCACAUUAGGCAAGUGGUGGGAGAUGUGCCUAUUCUUGCCGCGGAAGAGCGUCUUCUUCAGCAAGAGGAGUCAAAGGAAAGCAAUGGUCAGCCCGACGAUGAGAGCGCUGCUGCUGUGACGUCGGCAGCGAAGGGGUCAACCGCACGAGUACGGGCCGACGGGACUUACGCAACCGAAACUGCCUUCAACUCGGAGUCGAGCGUGAGCGCACGACUGGAAGCGGUCAAGAAUGCUACCAAACCGCCGCUUCGCUCGCUGAUUCUGCUGGGAGACUUCUACACAGCUACUGUUCUUUCGUCGUCCCUGACCAAGCUCAUCAUGCGCCUCAACGGUCUGUCAGAAGUCGACGCUGGGCACAAGAACGCACGAAGGGCCGAGGCGAUGCUGUUGAUGACUUCGGUUGUCCGGGUCGGUCAGAGCAAAUUUGCGGCCGCUACUAUCGACGAGGACUCACAGGAGCGUAUCCUGGAGUGCAUCGAGACGCUGGCCGGUCUGCAAGCCUCUGAAGGCGGCAGUGUGCAGGACGAUGAUGCUGUGCAGGAAGUGUUCCUGCAUGAUACCAAAGCAGCAUAUGCUAAGAUGGUAGAGGCAGAAGAGAAGAAGAAAGCAGAAAUCAAGGCGCAAGAAAGCAAGGUGAAGCAAGUGCAGCCCGACGAUAUGAUCUCUUUCCGACAGCUGGCCAAGAAGAGUGCAGCAGAAGCCGAGGCAGAGGACGCCGAGCGGGAGCUUACUCAGGCCACUGGAGUCUCAGAGAGGGCCAAGGAGGAUUUUGUCGGCAAGCUCAACAGGGUGGUACAACUUACUGGAUUCUCAGAUUCGGUCUAUGCAGAAGCCUAUGUCAACGUCCAGCAGUUCGACAUCCUUCUUGACGUGCUCAUCGUCAACCAGACAUCGGCAACAUUGCAGAAUCUGGGCAUUGAAUUUGCUACCUUGGGCGAUCUCAAGUUGGUAGAGCGCCCAUCCACACACACGCUCGGCCCCUACGCCUUCCAGUCCAUCAAGGCCACCAUCAAGGUCAGCUCGACGGAGACUGGAGUUAUCUUUGGCAACAUCAUCUACGAAGUUACCGAGAAGGGCCACAAGACCUCGACGGCUGCUCCUGAGAGCGCUUGUGUCGUUCUGAACGACAUUCACGUUGAUAUCAUGGACUACAUCAAGCCCGCCUCGUGCACCGAGAUGCAGUUCAGGUCUAUGUGGACCGAGUUUGAGUGGGAGAACAAGGUGAACGUCAACACGACAUUCAGUGACCUCCACAAAUACCUGCAGCACAUGAUGAAGUCGACAAAUAUGGCCUGUCUCACCCCUUCAGCCUCCUUGGCCGGCAGCUGUGGCUUCCUCUCUGCCAAUCUUUACGCCAGGUCUCUCUUUGGGGAAGAUGCGCUGGCCAAUGUCAGUAUCGAGCAGCUGGACGAUGGGACUGUCCAAGGUCAUGUGAGGAUCAGGGCGAAGACGCAGGGCAUUGCUCUCUCGUUGGGUGACCGCAUCACUGUCGCUCAGAAGGGUCCCUCGGCAGAUGAUGACGAAGGAAGGGAUCUUGAUGCCGAGGACGUUGGAGACUUGCUACUGUGAUGCCGCCUGAUUGAGAUGUUUUCUGUACUUCUCUUCAGCCAGUGCCAUGAUCAACAUAUCCGAUCGAUAUUAAGUACAUUGAGAGAAUCUGUAUGUAAUGAAUGAU